GGACUUCUUACAACUACACACACUGUGUUCUGUCAUCAACUAGGCACGCUUGUAUUAGGUAUGCAAUACAGUACUUUUCAUAUUAUAAGCACUGUCCCUAUACCUUUAGAACAUUACACGAUCUGAACUUUCUCUAUCUCAAUCUUUUGAAUAUACCGCUAUAUUCAGAAAAUAUAUUAUUUAAAAAUUAAAAAGAUAAUAGCGACUGCGCUGCAAUAUCUAUCAUCUGGCCUAUACCAUUAACUCGCCAGUGGCCGGUAUCAUGGGGGUGAAUAAAAAAGGCCGGGUGAAGAAAAGCUUAACCACAGGCCGGCCGCCAACGGUCCUGAAGCCGAAAUCGAUAUCGAGAAAAGCUACCCGGACACUCAUCAACUCUCACCACGUCCUAGAGAAGAAGAAAGCGCAAGCUAUCGCAAAAGGCGACAUAGCUGCGCAGGCUGCUAUCGAAGCCGAGAUCGCUGCUCUAGGCGGCCUCGAAAAAUACCAGCAGGCCAGUCUUCAAGGCCAGCGCCUCGACCGCGGAGGGGAUAGUUCCCGGGUCCUCAUGGAAUGGCUUAAGACUAUGAGCCCGGGCCUUUCUGAUGUUGCUUCUCCUUCUUCUGUUUCUUCUUCUACGAGAGGUGCUGGAUUGAGGAUGCUCGAAGUGGGUGCGUUAAGCACUGCGAACGCGUGCUCGAAGAGCGGUAUCUUCGGCAUGGAAAGGAUCGACUUGAACAGUCAAAGCGACGGCAUUUUACAGCAGGAUUUCAUGAAGAGGCCGCUGCCGAAGGACGACUCGGAGCGCUUCGAUAUCAUCAGCCUUUCGUUAGUCCUGAAUUUCGUCCCAGAUGCUAUAGGACGGGGCGAAAUGCUCCUUAGAACCUUGGAGUUUUUAAAGGAGCCUGAUACGCAUUACUCAUCUCAGCUACGUGAUAUUUUCCCAAGCUUGUUUAUGGUUCUGCCAGCACCGUGCAUCACCAACUCGAGGUACAUGAACGAGGCUCAUAUAGACUCUAUCAUGAAUACGCUGGGAUACAUGAAAGUCCAGAGCAAGACAACCCAGAAACUUGUAUACUACCUCUGGGUCAGGAAGUCUGCUGUCCAGUCACCUCUUCCAGCGUUCAAGAAAUUGGAGCUUCGAUCUGGUCACUCAAGAAAUAACUUCGCCAUCGUGAUCCGCGGCUCAUCAGGGUGACAGCCGGGUCUCUAAGUAAGACGCAUGCACGCAUAGCCACGCCUAAUCGAUCCCAACAUGUCGACAAAAACUUGCGAUGGUGGGUACCGUCGCCGCGUCAAUCUGAUAACGCUCUGGUCGCUUAUUCUCUCGAAAGGGCUGCAUUCUGCGGUGCGCUACCACCUUGGACCAGUGCUAGUCCUUCUUUCCGCCCCUACCCCUUACUUUAUUGUCUCUCAAUCUAUCCAACGCGUAUCCAACUCGACGCAUUUCUAGCGGCAAGAUAAGUAAGGAGGACACCAUUUCUAUCUACCUAUCGAGAUCAUCAGUUGGUGGGCUCGUGGUGGUCCUGAACCUACCCCGCAGUUUCUAUCGUUUAUCUACCCGAUAGGCCUGGGUCGAAAGACGUCACCACCAACGACCGCACACCAUUCCGAUCAGGCGACGUCCGAACCAUUUAUAGGGGAGACCGAUUUCACGGCUUUUUGGGACGCUCCGGGUUUUACAUCUAAGGAGAAAACGACCGUGAUAUCUGACGAUCAAUUGCCUGAUAAUUAGUGAUGGAGACGCACACCUCACCCACCGCAAGGAUCAAUUGCUAAAGUUCACAAUAUGCAGCGAUUCCUUCGG